CUUAAAUAUGCGAAGGUUUACGAGAGGCCAUAUUGUAGCCUCACAAGUGCUUAUUAAUCAGAAUCGGUUUAGCAAAAAUGUAUUUUACAAAACGUAUUUUAAAUAGCGCAUAUUAAAAUUUCGCACCGUUCGUAUUGUUUCAGGAGUAGCGCCAUUAUAAUGAAGUACUUUCCAUAUUGUACAGUUGCACUACUGACGGUCGCAUUAAUAUCGUUUGUGUCUCCGGCUUAUUUUAUUUUUGCGAAAAUCAGUCCAGUCAGCAAUUUCAGAAUGUAUAUCAUACUAAUAACCUGCAUCGUUCAAGAAAGUGUUGCUUGUAUUUAUUGUCAGCAUCUGACAGAUGAGUCAGUAAAACUAUUUGGUUACGCUCAAAAUUGUCACUGGGUCAAUUGGGAGAAGAGAAACAAAAACGCUUUGUUGAUUUUACUAAUUCACAGUAUGGAACCAUUGCAAACUUCCCAAUAUGGCGUACCAAGCGGUAAUUACGAACUCAUAUUGAAAAUUUGGAGAACAGGUUAUGCCACACUCACACUGUUCAUGAAUGCUUCUGGGAAUAUUAUGAAAAUAUAGAAAAUUAUGUAUUAAUAAUGGCACACCUUCACAAUUUGAAAUAAUAAAGACUUUUAUCCUUGAG